CCUAAUGCAUUCACAACAGCAGCAACAACAACAGCAGCAACCCCAUCCGCCGACUAAUUAUAUCUCGACUUUACCGCCCACGAUCGCCAUGCAUCCACAUCAGCAGGCUAUCAUGCAUCAGCAUGCGCCACCACACAUACAUCCAUCGCAUGGGCAUGGGCAUUCUCACCAGCAUCAUCAUGGACCGCCUAUUCAUAUACAUCAAUUUGUACCGGCAGCUUUUGCUGGUGCCGAACUGGGACCAACGGUGCAAACUGAACAACCGAUUUCCUUGUUAUCCGGCAGGCCAUUGUCGCACAUGGAUGACAUACCGCUGGGUAUAGGUGGUGGUGUUGCUGGAACGGUACUGCCGACCGGGUUGGGUGUGCUUACAUGCACUACACAGGUGCUGGCGCCGCCUAGUCCGGAGGUGCUGGUGGUGGAGAAGAAAUUCCGCAGUGCCAUGAAGACGCAAGCUACACAAACGGAGGUGCGAAAGGACGCAUUCGCGCAAGUCUUGGCGCUAAGUCCACGUACAAUGCAUAAGGUCAAAGUGGUCUCACAAGGCGCGCAGACGAAUGGACUGUUGAAUGGCAAGAAACUUACAAAGAGUCUGUCAGAAAUGCCGAACGGACAAGCUUUACAGAGCGCAGAGGAGCGUCAUAUGAGAAACUUCAUCGACCACGGCGUCGUCUAUCGCACGCAGUCAGAGGAGCCGCCAAAGUCACCAUUAGAUCUCGACGAUCCAAACAACAUAAACUACUAUGAACCACCGCCGCCGCUCGAUACGAUGUCCUACUAUAGCCGACGCUCGUCGCAACUGCCCUCCGAGGAGAGCACGCCCUUCUUCCCGAAAGACGCAAUCGCCUUCGACUACGAAAGCAAUAGUUUGCCACGGCGCGCUUGCACAUUCCAUCGAGAAAGCAGUUUUAGCUCGAAUAGCCUGCCGCGUCGUGAGCCGCUACAUGCGCACGAUAUUUGCAAGCACAUUACCGAGUGUCCAGAGCUGAUAGGCGACAUCAAUGGCAAUGGUAACGGCGGUGCUGGACUGCUUGACUUUUCGAAGCCACAUUUGCUGCCACCGCCCAGCGAGUACUGUAAGAAUGCCGAUGAGCCGCUAACGUCCACCUCCACACUGACGGCAGAUCCUAGCGUCGCCGCCGAACCUGCCGAUUUGCAUAGACGCAAGUCAAUGGUGGCCACGCUACCGCCACUAGAUGCCGACAUCACACCUACGCCCUUCAGACGCGACGACAUACGUCGCCAAUCGAUGCCCAUCUUUGUGAAGCAGGAGAAACUAAUUGACGGUUUUGGGCCGCGCACAUCCUUCCGCUCCAAGGCAAAACCAAAAACAGUGAUAGCCGGUGGUGAUAUCUUCGAUGAGAAGGAGAUCUUUAUAGACUUCAAGCCGCAUGUUUCCACAAAGUCGAUGGCGCAGCAACAAGUGGCGCCAACUAAAUAUCGGCCUACAUAUAAGCUACCAACACAGCCAUCGGCGCCUUCAAUGGAUGGUGCGCAACAAAAAUCGGUAGAUGAAUGCGAAAAUUGCCGCGCAUUGCAGGCUGCCGAUUCACGUUCCUCUGUAAGUGAAGAUGACUACGAAGAUGAGGUUGAAGGCGAGCAGCAGCCAGCCGUUAUGGAGGCAGAUGAAGUGGAGCAGGAGGAAAGCGAUCAACACGAUCCAUUAUACGAGAAUGUGCCCAGCGUACACAAGCCCACAAGCGUACCCAGUAUAGCGGAACGGCGUGCGAGUAUGCGCAAACGUUCAGUGAGUUUAGACGAGCAAAAUGUGGCGCAACAGAAAGCGGUUGAUGUGUCGGCGCCACCCAGUCCCUGCCGCGAGGAGCUAUUAUUUGCAAAUGCGUCCACUUAUCCUUCCUCGGACUCGCUGGCAAACGAUCUUACGCGCGAUCACUCGGAUGGCAUUUGGAAUGAGUCGCAAGUGACUGUCUUGACGGCCGAACAGAAGGAGGGCUCCGAGACCUCGUAUACCUCGAAUAUGCUGCUAACACCAUCAACGAGGCGGAAAAAUCUACUGCUGCAACAUCAACAGCGCAGCUCCGUGGACACAGACGCGCUCGAUUUGGAGGAUACGCAAGUCGAUUUGCUGCCACCGCAAGUGGGGCAGCCAUCCCUAAUGCAUAUACAACAACAGCAGCAACAACAACAGCAGCAGCAGCAGCAACCCCAUCCGCCGACUAAUUAUAUCUCGAUUUUACCGCCCACGAUCGCCAUACAUCCACAUCAGCAGGCUAUCAUUCAUCAGCAUGCGCCACCACACAUACAUCCAUCGCAUGGGCAUGGGCAUUCUCACCAGCAUCAUCAUGGACCGCCUAUUCAUAUACAUCAAUUUGUACCCGCAGCUUUUGCUGGCCCCGAAUUGGAACCAACGGUGCAAACUGAACAACCGAUUUCCUUGUUAUCGGGCAGGCCAUUGUCGCACAUGGAUGACAUACCGCUGGAUAUAGGUGGUGGUGUUGCUGGAACGGUACUGCCGACCGGGUUGGGUGUGCUUACAUGCACUACGCAGGUGCUGGCGCCGCCUAGUCCGGAGGUGCUGGUGGUGGAGAAGAAAUUCUGCAGUGCCAUGAAGACGCAAGCUACACAAACGGAGGUGCGAAAGGACGCAUUCGCGCAAGUCUUGGCGCUAAGUCCACGUACAAUGCAUAAGGUCAAAGUGGUCUCACAAGGCGCGCAGACGAAUGGACUGUUGAAUGGCAAGAAACUUACAAAGAGUCUGUCAGAAAUGCCGAACGGACAAGCAUUACAGAGCGCAGAGGAGCGUCAUAUGAGAAACUUCAUCGACCACGGCGUCGUCUAUCGCACGCAGUCAGAGGAGCCGCCAAAGUCACCACUAGAUCUCGACGAUCCAAACAACAUAAACUACUAUGAACCACCGCCGCCGUCGCAACUGCCCUCCGAGGAGAGCACGCCCUUCAUCCCGAAAGACGCAAUCGCCUUCGACUACGAAAGCAAUAGUUUGCCACGGCGCGCUUGCACAUUCCAUCGAGAAAGCAGUUUUAGCUCGAAUAGUCUGCCGCGUCGUGAGCCGCUACAUGCGCACGAUAUUUGCAAGCACAUUACCGAGUGUCCAGAGCUGAUAGGCGACAUCAAUGGCAAUGGCAACAGCGGUGCUGGACUGCUUGACUUUUCGAAGCCACAUUUUCUGCCACCGCACAGCGAGUACUGUAAGAAUGCCGAUGAGCCGCUAACGUCCACCUCCACACUGACGGCAGAGCCUAGCGUCGCCGCCGAACCUGCCGAUUUGCAUAGACGCAAGUCAAUGGUGGCCACGCUACCGCCACUAGAUGCCGACAUCACACCUACGCCCUUCAGACGCGACGACAUACGUCGCCAAUCGAUGCCCAUCUUUGUGAAGCAGGAGAAACUAAUUGACGGUUUUGGGCCGCGCACAUCCUUCCGCUCCAAGGCAAAACCAAAAACAGUGAUAGCCGGUGGUGAUAUCUUCGAUGAGAAGGAGAUAUUUAUAGACUUCAAGCCGCAUGUUUCCACAAAGUCGAUGGCGCAGCAACAAGUGGCGCCAACUAAAUAUCGGCCUACAUAUAAGCUACCAACACAGCCAUCGGCGCCUUCAAUGGAUGGUGCGCAACAAAAAUCGGUAGAUGAAUGCGAAAAUUGCCGCGCACUGCAGGCUGCCGAUUCACGUUCCUCUGUAAGUGAAGAUGACUACGAAGAUGAGGUUGAAGGCGAGCAGCAGCCAGCCGUUAUGGAGGCAGAUGAAGUGGAGCAGGAGGAAAGCGAUCAACACGAUCCAUUAUACGAAAAUGUGCCCAGCGUACACAAGCCUACAAGCGUACCCAGUAUAGCGGAACGGCGUGCGAGUAUGCGCAAACGUUCAGUGAGUUUAGACGAGCAAAAUGUGGCGCAACAGAAAGCGGUUGAUGUGUCGGCGCCACCCAGUCCCUGCCGCGAGGAGCUAUUAUUUGCAAAUGCGUCCACUUAUCCUUCCUCGGACUCGCUGGCAAACGAUCUUACGCGUGAUCACUCGGAUGGCAUUUGGAAUGAGUCGCAAGUGACUGUCUUGACGGCCGAACAGAAGGAGGGCUCCGAGACCUCGUAUACCUCGAAUAUGCUGCUAACACCAUCAACGAGGCGGAAAAAUCUGCUGCUGCAACAUCAACAGCGCAGCUCUGUGGACACAGACGCGCUCGAUUUGGAGGAUACGCAAGUCGAUUUGAGUCCCACUUACGGCAUUGCGGUGAGCACACUGCCAACCAUGCCCAAGCCAGUUAAGAGUGUCGCACCCAUCACGCAGCAGCCACAGGCAAGUCGCGAGCCCAAGAGGACCACACUCACGGUGCCAUCGAAGCUCCCAACACCUUCCAUUGCGGUCACGCCGAGUCUGUCGGUGACCAAGGAAAUCACACCUAAGAAAUCGCCUGGCACUAGCAAACGCAUCGUACAGGAACUACCACCCUCAGCAGCACGCGAUGGGCGACGCAGCUCUGAUGUGCAGUCGACGCGUGCCAUCACAAACGCAGACGUCAAAUUUACAAAUAACCACACCGAUGUCUCAGAGUGCAGCACAAAUACAGAUGAAUAUGCCACUUGCACCGAUACAUCGAAGCGCACGCCAGUUUCUACACAAAGUUCACAAAUCGACCGCACCCAAGGUUCAUCCUUCGAGAGUGCCUCAUCGCUCUACUCUACGCGCGGCGAAAUACUCUCAGAGGAUAUGCUACAGCACGAUGAAAAGCCCACUAAGCCGCACAAGGUCGAACGUGACAUGCAGCUGAAGUCUCCUCUGCCCACGGCUGAGCUGACUAAGCGUUCACCUUCGCAUUCCAUCAGCAGCACUUCCUCGGGCAGCUACAAUGUUGCUGGGCUCGCGACACCUUCACCCUCGGCAAAGGAUGCUGAGAAGCGUCUAGAAUUAGCUGAAAAAUCGCUCAGCAAGUCGCCAACAACCACAGACGUUCUGCAAUCCUCAUCGAAUGAGCCAACAGCCACCAUAAGUCGCGAGAAGCCACGCAUCAAACCCGAGUCCAUAUCGGAGGAUGAACGCAGUGAAGUGCGCUACUCGUCCUCCGGCUACUACGAGAGUCCGCACGACGACGAACAUGUGAUAAAGUCACGUCGUCAUCGACUCGACGAGGAGCGCAAGCGCCGCAAGACCACUAUGAAACUGGACAUUGAAAAGGAGAAUUUACGCGCGCUUACCAGCCCAAUUAAGAAACCGGCAGCUGCAGCAGCCGGCGCGCAUACCACACCUACAGCCGCCACAAAGGAUAAGCUGCCGUCCGAAAGGCAAUCCAGAACCAGCGACACACCGCACGCUAUUGUCGACGCCGCAAGUCCGAAUCGCAUUAAACGUUUCCGUCCGAAGAUACGUCGUCAAUUGCGACGGAGUUCGCGUGAUGAUAGCACGCCCAAACGACAAAAGAAUCUAGCCAAUUUGUACGGUAUACCACCAUCAGCGGGUAGCACCGAAAAGUUGAUAGACUAUAGCGUUAAGCUUAAAAAGGAAGAGCGCGAGGAGUUGCCAGUUGUCGAGUGUAAGACAAGUAAGAUCAUUACAUCGCCCACAACAACGAAAACCACCAAAUCGUCCUCGGAAGUGUGUCAAUUGAAGGCAAAGUCUAUUGAGUCAUUGCGUUCUGUCUCGCCCGGUUCCGAUUCGGUGUUCUACAGCGAGGCAGAUGGUCCAACGCAGGAACCGCAUGCACAUUGUUUGCACUGCGGCAAGGGUACGGAGGGUCAGCCGACGGUUAUUAGCGCUUUAGCAGGCGACUCAGUCGAAUCGCUGCCAUAUAUUGAGAACGAACAUGAACAGGAUAUUGUUAAGCCUCCUUCAGACUUUGCAGACUCUCCGGUUACCGCGAAAACUACGCAGCGGCUCUACAAGAAAAUGGAUAAACGUUUUCGUUCGGAAGAACGCUAUCAUGGCGGCGAACGGGGGCGUCACUACAAAACGCGACUGGAGAAUAUACGCGCAAAGAGUGAGGAACGCAGUCGUGAAAGAGUGCACUCGCGCAGCCCGCAGAGUUUACAUCCAGCGGGCUCCAGUCCAUGUGUGCUGCCCAACGCCGUGGUUGAGCAGAGCCAGCAAAUUAUCUAUCGCGGUAACUACGAUCCUGCGCGUUAUUCGCGUCUCACCGACGCAGAUGUUUGGACGCAGCUGAAUCAUCAGAGUUUUGAUAGUCAUCGCGAUCGCCGUCCGUCUACUGAGUCUGAGCGCAGUUUUCACUCCAAAUACCAGGUCAUACUUCAUCGUCUGGUCCAACGGCGUUGCACUUUGGAAAUGUAUCACCGCCAGCGGAAUAAUAAUUUUCGCGUCGACAAGACAAUUGUGGUGAAGAGUGAAUCCGGUGAAUUUGGCUUCCGCAUACAUGGCUCCAAGCCAGUUGUCGUCGCUGCCAUUGAGCCAGGAACACCCGCCGAAAGUUCAGGGCUUGAAGUGGGUGACAUAAUUAUCUCCGUAAAUGGCGUCGAAGUGUUGGACAAGCAUCACACCGAAGUGGUGAAGAUAGCGCACGAUGGCUGCGAGAUACUCGAGCUAGAGGUGGCGCGCACCAUUGUCGUACUCAUGCAUGAGCAGCAAGAGCCACCGGGUCAGCCGAUAUACAGCGGCUAUUUAUGGCGGCAGAGCGGUCAGGCGAAAGGGGCGCCAAAUACAAAGAAAUGGGUACGUCGUUGGUUUUCGUUGCGACCGGACAAUUGCCUCUACUACUACAAAACGGAGGAGGACUCCCAACCCGUUGGCGCUAUGAUUAUGGCCAAGCAUACGGUUGAUCACUGUCCACCGGAGGUCGGCAAGCCGUACGCCUUCAAAAUCGAUUCCGGCGAAGGCAUACCGUUGUAUGUGGCUGCCGAUUCAGAGGAAUUGUCCAACCGUUGGAUUAAGUUGCUCAAGCAAGCGGCCACACAGGGCACACCCUGGCUGGAUAAUUGCGCACACAAUCUCUACCAACCGCCGUGCAGCAUUACACGACCGGACUGUUUUGGUUACCUGCUGAAGUUGGGCUCCCGCUGGUGCGGCUGGUCGAAGCGCUACUGUGUGCUGAAGGAUGCCUGUUUGUAUUUCUACCAGGAUUCGAAUAGUAAAACGGCAUUUGGUAUGGCUUGCUUGCAUGGCUAUAAGGUGUCGUCGAUGUCAACCAACGCUUCAGGGAAAAAGAAUUCAUUUGAGAUUAUUCCACCUGAAACAAACUUGCGCCCCUACUACUUCUGCACCGAAUCGGAAAUGGAUAAAAAGAGGUGAGUUUCAGUGUUGAGGUGUAGUAUAGAGAGUUAAAAAAUCUGACGCAAUAGCUAACAUUGACAGGAAUUUAAUCAAAGUAGACAACUUUGUUCGUUAUCGGCGUCAUUAAAGUGUAAACAGAAUCAAAGCGCUGAGCGAACUUCAUCGGAAGAAAGUUCGCUGCCAAAAUUAAAACAAACUGCGGUAUUUGAGAUUGCACAGAACCAAAGCGGCAACGAAG